AUGCAAGCAGAGGAUGAAAAAGAAGAACCGAAGGAUUCGCAACUUCUUCGUGCCAUGUUGGAAACAAGGGCGCUUCACGACGUCGAUUUGGAGGGCAGCAAUGGAGUCAAGGCCGUCGUGGAAUACAUUUAUAUUCGAAAACCUCAAGCCACCAAGGAUGCCAUGGCCGCCAAAGAUGGUGGUGUAUCGUUUUCUCAAGUCCAAACUCUUGUGGCGCUGACAGGUGCGGCAUCUUUCUUCGGCUUACCAAUGCUUCGACAAAAGGUCCGAUCUGUGUUUUCCAUUGUGCUCCGGAAGAAGCCCUUGCUGUCCUUCUAUGUGUUGGAAGCGUGUGCCGCGGAAGCUUCUGAUGUUUCUACUGAUCUGAAAGAACUGGCAUUGAUACAUCUUCGCUCGGGAUCUUUCAGCCCCAAAGACGAUUUCAGUACUCUAACUGGUAUGAGUGCGGCGUCCUUGGAAGAAGCCCUUCGAGACAAUGAGAUUGAUGCCUACAAGCGCUUCUGCUUUUUGCGAGGUUGGGCAGAGAGCAACAACAUCGAAUCCAGCGGUCGAACAUCUGAUGCGAACGCACUUGGGAAACAUAUUCCAAUGGAAGAAAUCGAUCCAACCCCCGUUAUUUUUAUACCAUUUUGGCGACUGAAGUUACAAAAAAUAGAAAUCAUGGCAGAAGCAUACAAGAAACAAGCCUUGGCAAAGGAACAUGGAAUCACGUUGAAGAAACCUCGUCUGGAGCUUCCUGUGUGGAAGAGUUCAAAGUCAGAAGUGACCUGCCCGGAUGAUAAACAGAAGAAUCAUAUAGUGGACGUGUUGCGUUGUGAUCCAAUGACUUCAGGGGUGUACGAGUGGUCGUUGGAAAUUGAAGGAUGCUGCUCAAAUGACGGUGGAUGGUCCCGUUGA